AUGCAACUACGAACAAUCUAUAUAGCCGAAGCACAUGCACGUGAUCAAUGGCCAGCUGGAAAAACAAUUUCAUGUGUUGAUCAACCAACAACAUUAGAACAACGUUUAGAUAAUGCUCGUCAAUUUAAGAACAAAUAUAAUUUUGAAAUGCCUAUGCUUGUUGAUAGUAUGAAUAACACAUUUCAUACAACAUACGGAUCAUGGCCAUUUCGUUUCUAUGUAAUCAACAACGGAAAAUUAGUAUUCAAAGCUGAACCAGGUGAAACAACCUAUAGUUAUGAUAUGGAUGAAUUAGAUGCAUGGAUCGCUAGUUUCUAUCAAGAAAAAAAUAUUUAA